CGAGCGACGAAAGCUGGAGAAAGGAGGGGAUGGUGUUGGGGGCAGCCUGCGAAGGUGUCAUGGCUGCUGUUGCUGAGCUUAGUCUUCCGUGCACCGGUGACAGAAGCCUGGAGCAGAGCUGCAGCCCCAGCCUCUCCCAAGAGGUGCUCUUCGAAAUCUUCCGCUCCCUGCACACGCUGGCUGGACAACUUAACCUCAGAGAUGAUGUGGUGAAAAUUACAAUCGAUUGGAACAAACUCCAGAGCCUCUCAGCAUUCCAGCCUGCUUUGCUCUUUAGUGCACUCGAGCAGCAUGUUUUAUAUUUACAGCCUUUUUUAGCAAAACUUCAGCCUCUGAUUAAAGAGGAGAAUACAACUGUUGUUGAAGAGAUAGGAAAAGGAGAAAAAGGGAACAAGAAUGAAGUAGAUGCCACAUUUCCCGUAGGCGACCUACAAAAGGAAGAGCAGCACAAAGAUUGUGAUUUAGGGGAUGUGAAAAAGACGCAGGUCCAUUUUGAUCCAGAAGUAGUUCAAAUAAAGGCUGGAAAAGCAGAAAUUGACAGACGAAUAUCGGCAUUUAUUGAAAGAAAGCAAGCUGAAAUCAAUGAAAACAACGUCAGGGAAUUUUGCAAUGUUAUUGAUUGUAAUCAAGAAAAUAGUUGUGCAAGAACCGAUGCGAUUUUUACCCCUUAUCCUGGAUUUAAAAGUCAUGUAAAAGUUUCUAGAGUUGUGAAUACAUAUGGACCACAGACUCGGCCUGAAGGGGUGCAAGGGUCAGGUCAUACACCGAGCAGCAUGCUCCGAGAGUGUGGUAAUCAGGCUGUCGAAGAGCGACUACAGAAUAUUGAGGCUCACUUGCGAUUGCAGACAGGUGGUCCAGUGCCAAGAGACAUUUAUCAGAGGAUUAAAAAACUUGAGGAUAAGAUCCUUGAAUUGGAAGGCAUCUCUCCUGAGUAUUUUCAAUCUGUAAACUUUUCUGGCAAAAGAAGAAAAAUUCAACCACCUCAACAGAACUAUUCACUGGCUGAACUCGAUGAGAAGAUCAGUGCUCUCAGGCAGGCCCUGCUUCGGAAAUCCAGAGAGGCAGGGUCCAUAGCAACUCACCACCUUCCAUGAAAAACUCCUUUUAUCCUUGUCAUCUUACUUCUUAUAUUCAUGUGUGUGACUUACUUUGAAAUUAGUUAAAUGGAUACAUAUUUUUCAAUGCAGAUAUCCCUCUGCAAUCAAUGUUUGUUUUCACAUGAGUCCAUUUUACAACAGGUAAUCUUCAGAUAUUCCAAUGAAUUUUGAAAUAGUUAAUGCAUUGAAAAUAGCAUUGUCAGAAUUUAUUUCCUUCUGUUUUAAAGGAGGUAUUUUGGAAAUUAAAAAACUUAAUACAUCUUUUUUGUGUGUGUGUAUGUACCACAGAAGGAAGAUUUGCUUUGAAUAGUGAUAUUUUAAAAGGACUUUAUAUUUGUAACACUGAUGUUAACCAGUUUAUUAGUUUAAAUUUUGUACAUAAUAAGGCAUUCAACAAAAACCUAAUUGACCAAAAUGAUUUUUAAAUGCAUGCAUACUUUUUUCAGAUGUCUAUUGAAAUGUAAAUAAAUAGUAUAUUCUACCUUUAUCCCCUUAU